AAAAUCAACGUAGCCAUCAUCGGCGUGGGGAACUGCGCCUCCUCACUGGUACAGGGCCUUCACAAGUACGUCGAGAUUCCGGCGAACGCCGAGGUCUCUGGCCUUAUGCACAACACAAUCGGUGAAUAUCGAAUCGAGGACAUUGAAGUAGUAGCCGCUUUCGAUAUCGACGAAAACAAGGUCGGCAAGGACCUGUCCGAGGCGAUAUUCACCGAGCCCAACAACACCCUCAAGUUCGCUGAUGUCCCUGCCACCGGCGUGAAGGUUGACCGUGGCAUGACGCACGACGGCAUCGGCCGUUACGUGUCUCACCUCGUCAAGAAAUCUCCCCACUCUACGUCCGACAUCACCGGCAUCCUGCGCGACCGCGAAGUUGACGUUGUUAUCAACUACCUUCCCGUGGGCAGCGAGCAGGCCACGAAGUGGUACGUCGAGCAUAUCCUCAACGCCCGCUGCGCCAUGGUCAACUGCAUCCCGGUAUUCCUGGCCCGCGAAGACUACUGGCGCAACCGGUUCGAAGAACGGGGCGUCCCCAUAAUCGGCGACGACAUCAAGUCACAGCUAGGGGCCACCAUCACCCACCGGGUGCUCACCCGCUUGUUCGAAGACCGCGGCGUCACUCUGGACAACACCUACCAGCUGAAUUUCGGAGGCAACACCGACUUCCUCAACAUGCUGGAGAGGGAGCGCCUCACCUCCAAGAAGAUCUCAAAGACCACCUCCGUUACCUCCCAGCUGGACAAUGAAAUCGACCCAGACAGCAUCCACGUCGGCCCCAGCGACCACGUGCCUUGGCUGAAGGACCGCAAGUGGUGCUACAUCCGGAUGGAGGGUCGUAUUUUCGGGGGCGCCCCCAUCAGCCUAGAGGCCAAGCUCGAGGUCUGGGACAGCCCCAAUUCCGCCGGUGUCGUAGUCGACGCCAUUCGCUGCGCCAAGCUGGCAAUGGACCGCGGCGAAGGUGGAGCGGUCGUCGGUCCCAGCGCCUACUUCAUGAAAUCUCCGCCAAUCCAGUACACUGACGACACCGCGCGAGAUAUGACCGACGCCUUUAUAACCGGCGAUGGUGUGAAGCCCACGGUGGCUGUGAGGGUGGAAGAGGCUGGAGAAGAUAAUUAG